UGGUUAAAGCCUUUCAUCAGAUAGAGCUCGCUCCAGACUCACGUGAAAUCACAACAUUCGUAACAACGGAUGCGUAUUAUCGCUACAAGAGGUUAAUGUUCGGGAUGAACGUUGCUGCAGAAGUUUUUCAACGACGCAUUGAAAGGGUCCUUAAAGGAUUGAAAGGUGUGAAAGUUUUUAUAGACGACAUGUUAGUGUAUGGUUCAUCUCAAAUAGAGCAUGACGCCAAUCUGAAGGCUGUGCUAAACCGGUUGAAAGAACACGGACUUACCAUAAAUGAGGCGAAAUGUUAUUUCGGAAAACGGUCGGUAAGGUUCAUGGGACACCAACUUUCCGAGAGCGGAAUUCUACCAGCGGUUGAGAAAGUGAGCGCUAUACAAAGUUUUCGCCGACCUCAGAAUACAACGGAAUUACGUAACUUUCUAGGCUUGGCAAAUUACGUCGGUCGAUUUAUACCUAACUUAUCAGCUAUCACAGCACCGCUUCGUGAAAUGACAACCAAGAGCAGCAAAUUUCAUCGGUCGAAAGAAAGAAAGCGUGCAUUUGCUAAGGUCAAGCAAGCGUUAUCAAAUCCACAACAUCUAGCUUUCUACAACCCUCAGUAUAAAACAACACUGGUAACAGACGCGAGCGAAAACGGUUUAGGAGCGGUACUGCUACAAACAGUGAAAUCGGUUACACGCCCAGUGUGCUAUGCCAGUAAAAGCCUGAGUAAAACUGAAAAAAAAAGUAUUCAACGUUGGACAAAGAAGCUUUGGCAAUUGUUUGGGCCACAGAACAUUUUGAGAUGUAUCUACGCGGAUUAGACUUUACUAUACUAACUGACCAUAAACCUCUGGUACAAAUAUUCAGUGAUUCACCGUCUCCUAACCAGCGACAAGAAUGAUGGGUCUUGAGAAUGCAAUCGUAUCGCCAUAAAAUUGUGUAUGUGCCUGGAGAGGUCAAUAUUGCUGAUUGCCUUUCCCGGCUAUGUGAAACAGCAGCGAUGAAAAUGUUUGAUAAGGCUUCAGAAAAAGUUUUGUGUUCCAUUGUAUAAUGUAAUAAACCAGUUGCACUUACCAUGAGCGAAAUAAUUCAAAGCUCCGAGAAAGAUCAGGAUAUUCAAAAGAUUCGACAGGCACUGCAUAACGGUAACUAGGAAGAUGUUACAAAAGGAUACGCACCUUUUAACACUGAGUUCUGUUUUGCGAAUGACGUUUUACUUCGCAAGAAUAAAAUUGUCAUCCCGCAAAGCCUUCGUCAAACAGUAUUACAGCUUAUGCAUAUGGGUCAUCCAGGUAAGAAAAAAAUAAAAGAAGAAUCCGGGAAGCAGUUUGGUGGCCAGGUGUAGACGCAGCGAUUGAAAAAUUCUGCCGAGAUUGUUUCGACUGCCAGAUGGUGGGACAGAACAGCAAACCCGAACCACUUCGUAUUAGAGAAUUGCCAUCAGCAGCGUGGGUUCAUUUGAGUAUGGACUUUCUUGGACCUCUUCCCAAUGUUUCUUCGUCUAAUUUUGAUAAUUUAGACCUCUCUUUACGCGUGCCUUAACAGUAUCUGAUGAUUUCAAUAUCAGCAUUUCGCAAUUUACUAAUCAAUUGGCAAAUGCAGCAACUUUCAUAAUGGAUUCCUGAUACUAUCAAUGGAAUAAAGCAAUCAAUUAACUCCGAUUCCCGCUUUCAUUAUUCAGCCCAAGAUGAACAGCAAGAUGCAAAUGCGUGAAAACUUCACGGUCGAUAAUAGCACCAGACCAUAUAACGAAAAUCGGGGGCUUUACGUUAGUAGAAUGACCCUGUUGACAACGAUAGCAAUAUUUAGUUGCUUGCUGCUGGGUUCAGGACUGCUCAUAUAUCAUUUAGCCGGAUGCCAAGAAGUGCCGGUCCAUGCCAGCAUAAGUGAUCAGCAUUACCACUUCGCGUCCAAUUACACGCGUUUACAUUUCGUCACAACCAGUCUGCCGGUAGUAACCGAUUCCACAACUGUUGAACCUACGACGUCCGGAGUGUCUUCAGCCCAAAAUACUAGUAAUGAUUCCGAUUUAACCGGGCCUCAAUCAAAUACAACGGAUAGCCAAUCUGUUCAGUUAGAAGAUAACAGCGUACGAUUGCCACGAUCAAUCGAGCCAAUUGCGUACGAUAUACAAUUAAUACCAUUCAUAGUUGAAUACAAUUUCACUUUUUCUGGCAUAGUUGAAAUAGAUAUACUGGUUAAGGAAAAGUGUGAUAACAUUACCCUACACGCGGUCGCUUUGCAAAUACACGAGGCGAGUAUUCAUCAAAGCCAGAGAGCUACCGAUGGUGAGCAUACUAUUGGAGAAACCGGCACUAAUGACAGUCGUUAUAUAAGCCGAUUCAGAACCAGCAGGGAAUCAACAGGCGACAAUAAUCUUCGUGAGGAUGAUGAAGAUGAUGGGUCGAAUAAAUUAGCACAAUGUGAAAUAUCUGAGCAGUUUUUCAUUGAAAGUAAACAGUUUUUUGUGCUAAAACUAAAACAAAUGUUACAAGCGAAUGAGCGUUACACGGUGCGAAUGAAAUAUAGUGGUGUUCUCAAUGACUAUUUACAAGGAUUCUAUCGAAGUUCAUACACAGCUAAAGACGAAACAAGAUGGCUUGCCACUACCCAGUUUCAACCUACCGAUGCCCGCCGUGCAUUUCCAUGUUUUGACGAACCUGCUUUGAAGGCACGGUUCAGUAUUAGUUUGGCUCGUUUGCAAAACAUGACUACGCUGUCUAAUAUGCCCAAAAUCAAGUCGUUUUCUGCAAGCGAAGAAGGGUUGGAAGAUUACGUCUGGGAUGUGUAUCAACAAUCUGUUCCGAUGUCCACGUACCUCGUCGCAUUUGUAGUGUGUGAUUUUGUAAACUUGACAUCAAACAACUUUGCUGUUUGGGCCCGAUCGGAUGCCAUAUCUUCAGCUCGUUAUGCUCUCGAAGUAGGUCCAAAGAUUCUUAAAUAUUUAGAACAAUUUUUCGACAUCAAGUAUCCACUGCCGAAAAUGGACAUGAUUGCGUUACCAGAUUUCAGUGCAGGCGCUAUGGAGAACUGGGGCCUGAUUACAUAUCGAGAAACUGCCAUGUUGUACGAGGAAAAUGUGUCUGCCAACAGUAACAAACAACGAGUCGUUACAGUGGUAGCCCAUGAGCUAGCUCAUCAAUGGUUUGGAAAUCUAGUAACUCCCACUUGGUGGACAGAUCUCUGGUUGAAUGAAGGUUUUGCCAGUUAUAUGGAAUAUCUAGGCGUUGAUGCUGUCGAACCGGCCUGGAAAUCAAUGGAACAGUUUGUAGUGAAUGAAUUGCACAAUGUAUUCUCAUUGGACGCCUUAUCAUCAUCGCAUCAGAUUUCAGUAGAGGUGCAUAACCCGGAAGAAAUUAACGAAAUAUUCGAUAAAAUAUCUUAUGGCAAAGGUGCAGCAAUUAUUCGAAUGAUGGAUCACUUCUUGACUGCUGAAGUGUUUCAAAAAGGGUUGACUAACUACCUUAAUCAAAAGAUUUACCAAAAUGCAGACCAGGAUGACCUUUGGAUGUUUUUAACUGAGGAAGCUAGAAAUCAGAAAAUUUUCGAUGAUUCAACCACUGUAAAACAAAUCAUGGACACAUGGACCCUGCAAACUGGAUUUCCACUAGUAACAGUAACACGAGAUUAUUCUAGUAAAAACAUCGAAUUUAUUCAGGAAAGGUUUCGAUUCAUUGAGUUCGCUAACAACUCAGUCACCAAGAAACAGGACAAACCACUUUGGUGGAUUCCAAUAACGUAUACUACUCUUGGUGAAACUAAUUUCAACAAUACCAAGCCAAAUAUUUGGAUGAAAGUUGAGAAUAAACUUGUAUUGCACGAUUCUGACAUUCCCGAUCAUGACUGGAUUAUUGUAAACAUUCAGCAAACAGGGUACUAUCGGGUUAACUAUGACCAUCCAAAUUGGCAAAUGAUUUCGAGUCAUCUAUUGGAUCGCCGGAAGUACAACUCAAUUGCACCGUCAAACAGGGCGCAGUUAAUUGAUGAUGCAUUGAACCUUGCCCGUGCUGGAUAUUUGAACUACAGUAUUUCACUAAAUGUCACCAGAUACCUAGUACAUGAAACAGAAUAUGUACCAUGGAAAGCCGCAAUCGGAGCUUUAAAUUUUAUUGAUUCGAUGUUGAUCAAAACCAGCAGUUAUGACAAAUUUAAAAAAUAUUCUCUCCACCUUCUUAAACCUAUUUUUGCGAAGGUAGGUUUCGAUGAUCCAAAGGAUAGCCCGCUACUUACGGUAUAUAAACGAGUAGACGUUUUAACAGCAACUUGCCAUCUAGGAUACAGAGAAUGUGUGAGCAAAAGUGUUCAAAAGUUUUACGAAUGGAUGCACGAAACACAUCCGGAUAUUAAUAACCCGAUUUCUCCAAAUUUGAAGAACAUUGUUUAUUGUACAGCUAUCAAAUACGGUGACCAGGCUGAAUGGGAGUUUGCGUGGGAGCGGUUCCGUAAAACCACGAUUUCUAGUGAGAAAGAAACACUCUUAUCCGCCUUGGGCUGCUCUAGAGAAACGUGGAUUUUAACAAGAUUUUUAGAAUACUCAAUGACCGACGAAUUCGGUAUUCGAAAACAGGAUGUUUUUAGAGUAUUCUUAGCUGUAUCAAACAAUGUGAUUGGACAGCCUGUAGCAUUCACCUAUAUUCGUAAUAAUUGGAAAAAAAUGAAAGAAUAUCUCGGAACAUCCAUGUCCAAUCUUAAUAUGAUUCUUAAAUACUCUACCAAGCGCUUGAACACGCAAUAUGAGCUCGAAGAGUUGAAGGAAUUUGCCAAAACACAUCUAAAAGAAACAAGCCGAAUCAUACAGCAAGCCAUUGAACGUGCGGAAUCAAAUAUCGCGUGGAUGGACACCAACGCAGAAACUAUUAUCGAAUGGUUAAGCCAAGUAACUUACGACAAUGAUGAUAAUUUUUAACUUUGGAAUUUCUCGAAACAGUAUACACUAUUGUAUACAAGCUUAACUAGAAGUGCAAAUCUUAAUACUUGUACUGCUUCGACUCUGAAUCGUUGCUAUUUGACUUUCCUCUUCUGAAUAGGUCUGUUGCGAUACGAAGGACCCAAAAUUUUGCAUUUCGGUAUUACAAAUCGCAAAAUAACGAUGAUACAUACAAUUCUUAACCGAUUCCCCAAUGGUCCAUGAGUGGUGUAGAAUAUUGCUAACACCUAAUAUAAAUGAAAGACUGUAAAUAUUUUUUAUAUUUUGAUCAAUCAUGUUUCAUUAACUACAUUAGUUCACACAAUAUCCAUAUCUUAGUAUAAUUUACAUAUUUGCUUACAAUAUUUUUUCUGUAGUUCGCAGAGUGCAAUCAUUUGUUGAUUUAUAUGAUAAACGUACGUAAAAUAGGGUAGAUGAUCCAAUAGUUGUGGUAGCACCAAUAGUUGCGGCAUCGCUUUUAAAUUCAUCGUUUAAACUAAUUAGAACCGAAUUGCUUAUGCUACAUGUUGAAGAAAUAAUAGAUUAAACAUAAGUACAUAUGUUACUACAACAAUUUAUACUGAAAAUAUCCAAAUUACUGAAGAAUACUGUAUUUUUCAGAAACUUACCCGGAAGGCACCACUCACUACCCAUUUUCUUAUUUUGUCCACGAUUGUUUUAUGAUAUGUGUGUGGUUUUAGUACGAUUAUUACUCAUAUAAUUAUUUUCCCAGAUAACAGUUUAUUAUGGAAACUGUUGCACAGGUGAAGUUCGUUAAUAGAUGAUCAUAAUAUUUAUAAAUUACUUCCUCCACUAUUGGAUCACAGGAUACACUAUGCUCUUAUAGUUGCGGUAUGUUUCGCAAUUCUGAUUUACGUUUAUCAGAACAUAUGUAUGUGGGACUACUUGUGUAUAUUAGAGACAAGCAGGUACUAGGGGACAUACCUAAAUGAUGUAACUUAUUACUAUUCAAUUUUUGAACCCCACCUUCCCCUGCCACCGUGUAUUCACCGAUACUUCAUACAUGAUCGGCCACAAAAGCUAUCGCUCUCACCCCUAAAAUGCUGUAUUAUGCAUUUAUGACCUCUUAAUCGAUGCUUACCCACUGCUUUUGGUCUUGUAAUUCUUUUAACGAGCCUUUCACAGCUACAGUCGCUCUUUUAGUGAACACUAACGUCAAAAAUGUACGCGCAAACAUGGUACGAAGCAAAGGUGAUAGACUCUAAUUUCCAGUGUUGAGAAGUCACCAUUUGUGAAAAAAAAAAUUCUUCUGAAUAUUUCAAAAUGAGCGCGAUUGGUCUUUCUCUUCAGCCAAUUUCAGCCCUUUUCAAAUGUUAGUCUAAAGAAAUUUUAUAAAAAGUAUUCAAAAUUUGAUUUAUUUUAAAAAAACCUACGUACCCUCACUGAAUUUUGCCAACAUCUGACCAAAUUGGCGCAAAAUCCGUCUCUUAGUUAACUUCGUGCAUUUUUGUAUUUACUUGCAAACCGACUUGUCAACCUAUUAAAAACAAUAUGAUAAAUAGUUAAACAAUCAGAAACCACUUCAAGCGAGGCAAAUACCUUCAUUUAACCAAGCAAACACGAAUGUUUUAUAUACCGCAACUACAGGAACACCCAUUCACAACUAUAGGAACUCUACCGCAACUAUUGGAACAAAAGCGUGCAACUUAUUUUAGUUAAUUUAAACCCUCAAAGCGGGUUCAAAGUCAAUUUUAAGGUGCAAAAUUAUCAAAUAGAACCCAUUUCAACAGAAAAAAGUGAAACGGACCAGCUAGAUUCGUUUUUCUUAGCCAAAACAUGGCCAAACAUGCAUAACUCGUGCUUAGCUCCUCCACUAUUGGGUCAUUUACCCUAGUUGGUCCGGAACAGCAGCUCAUCGUUUGAACCUUUUAUAAUUAAUCAUUCUGUGAGUAUCCCGAUCAGAAAAGCAUACGUGAUACAAAUGCUUCAACUCAUAAGAUUCAAUUAAUCAACGUUAACGAAAAGUUCUGAAAAAUAUAUGAUACCAGUUAAACUGUAAUGUUUUGUUCUUCAAUAAAAAGUACACUUUAACAUGUCAAUUACUUUCGACUUUAUCAACGUCUGUUGAGGAUUUGUUGCAAUGCUAUAUCGUUUUGUGUUCAUUAUAAAUUCGUGUACAUUAUAAAUUCUAUUUUUUUAACAUCUAACGGACCCCGUUAGAAAGAACCUGGAAUCCUUUGUUAUAUAUAUUUGUGGCUCUGAUCGGGAUAUAAGAAAAAUGACAUUUAAAUUGGCACCUUUCGCUGCAACAGAUUUCAUUUAUCUCUUAUGAUUAUCAAUCAAUAUAAGCAAAUGUCUGAUACAAAAAAAUGGAAGCAUAUACAGUCAUCCCAGUAUUAUGGACCAACCAGUAUUAUGGGCCACUCUAUACUUUGUAUUGGUUUCUAACAUAUUUUAAUAACUUUUUAUAGUCAAAUUUAGGUUUAGUAAACGUGAACAACGUUCUCCAAACUUAAAUUUGACUAUUAUAAGUUAUUGAUAUACGUUAAAAACCAAAACAAAGUGUAUUGGCCCAUAAUACUGGGAUGACUGUAUCUGAUUGCAAAAGAGUACAAACAAAAUUUGUGGACGAGAAAACCAUUUUAACAAAGGCUGGAAUAAAUCAACAAAUUGAAGUGUGAAUGUUAUUUAAAUUAAGAAAUAGUAUAGAAUGUUAUAGGUUCCUUAAACUAAGACUAGUUCUAAACUUCAAAUAAGUUUCUACGCAAAUGUAAAUGCAUCUAGAGUACAUGCUUCAGCCAUGGCAGGCGCCCCAGAAAAAGCACUAUCUCAUACACGCUAUGGUACUAUUGAUUUCAAAAUUGCAUACGCCAUAUUUCAUAAAAGGUGCAUUUUUUAGAUUUUAAAUAUACCUUUUCCCUAUCCAUAUAGUACUGAAUUACUAAUUACGGUAACUGCAGCACGUUGGUAUUCAUGGUAUUUUAGAACGUUGUCAUAUAAUGCAGUGUUGCUAUGGUGCUCUGAAUAGAGUGACGUCGAAUUUUGUUGUUCACAGUUCUCUUUAAUGUAGCAAUUAGAUGUUAAAUGCGAGUUUCUCGUUAUCAUUUUGCAGCUACAAUGUUUAUAUUAUUUUUAUUCAGAACACACUUAAACGAUAUUUUUCACACCACGACUAUUAAAAAAAUCCUCCCAUGAGUUCGUACAAUAUAAAAGGUGGAUAAUAUCAUUUCAUUUUAAAUUGCCAACACAGAAUGGCGUUCGAUUUCGUUUAGUAUGGAGAAUGGAAAGUAUAUUGUUACAUACCAUAUGUGUAGAAUAUCGCGCAUCCCACAAAUAUUCUCAGCAUAAAUAAAUCCUCAGUACUUAAGAAAUAAAUACUUUGAAAGUAAUUGAUACACA